CCCGCCUCCGGCCCGGGCCCCUCCCGGCCAAGGCGCUGGAGCGCAGGGCGCGGCUAGGGCGGGAUCUCGGACAGUCUCCUGUAGAUCCUCACAGCCUCCGGCUGUCCAGAGUGACUGCUCCCGGUGGUCAGCCCAGUCCACAGCCCGCUUGGCCUUAGCGCACCAGGCCCCGCUGGGAUGAGAAGUUGCCGGAGACUGCACCAGCCCUGCGCCGGCCUCUGCCUGCUCCUGGCCUCUCUGCAGCUCGUGUCCUGGACGCUGGCUGUGGAGCCUGUGGAUGUGCUGAAAGCCUGGGGUGUGCGUGGGGGCCAGGCUGGGAUUGCCGAGGGGCCUGGCUUCUGCCCCCAGAGGAUUCCACAGGGCGACCGCGCCUUCAGGGUGGGCAAAGCCAGCCCGCUCAGCGUCCCCACAUGGCAGCUCUUUCCGGAUGGGCAUUUUCCUGAGAACUUUUCUGUGCUGCUUACUCUGCGGGGCCAGCCAGCCAAUGGCUCUGUCCUUCUGUCUAUUUAUGAUGAGAAGGGCGUCCGGCAGCUGGGGCUGUCACUGGGGCCCGCUCUGGGUCUCCUUGGUGACUCCUUCAGGCCCCUCCCCAAGCAGGUCAACCUUAUGGAUGGCAGGUGGCACCGCGUGGCCGUCAGCAUCAGUGGUGACAUGGUGACCCUGGUGGCUGAUUGUGAACCUCAGGCCCCCGUAUUUGGUCAGGGGCCUCGGUUUAUCAGCACAGCUGGACUCACCAUGAUGGGAACCCAGGACAGUGGGGAGGAUGCUUUCGAGGGAGACAUCCAGGAGCUGCUGUUAAUUCCAGACCCUCAGGCUGCCUUCCAGGCCUGUGAGCGCUUCCUCCCUGGCUGUGAGAGCCUGGAGUCCACAACCACAGGGGCCCCCAGAGAUGAACCAGAAACACCCGCCCCUCGUCGAAAGGGCAAAGGAAAGAAAAAAGGGCGGGGUCGCAAGGGCAAGGGGAGAAAGAAAAACAAAAACAAGGAGACCUCAAGGCUGGAUCCAACCGCUGGUGCUCCUGAGAAUCAGACCUCCCUCCACACCGCUGAGACGGAGAAGCCGGCUCCCCAGACGCCUCCGACCCCUCCACCUUCGGCCGUCACCACCACUGUGACUAUUGGACGAAAUGCCACUGUCUUGCAGGGAUUGGACUCUGGUGCUAAAAAUGAGCUGAGGACUCAAGAGAUGGAAGCUGCCGAGGAGGAUGAGGAAGGAGGUGGCCCCACCAUGGGCCCCAAGUUCCGGGCAGCGGAACAGUCUUCACAGACUGAGUUCCAGAUCUUCCCUAAUGCUGGAGAAAAGGGAGCAAAAGGAGAGCCUGCGACAAUAGAGCAGGGACAGCAGUUCGAGGGGCCUGCAGGAGCUCCGGGACCCCGCGGAAUAUCUGGUCCCUCAGGCCCUCCUGGGCCUCCGGGCUUCCCUGGGGACCGUGGUCUGCCGGGCCCUGCUGGCCUCCCUGGGAUGCCAGGCAUUGAUGGAGUCCGGGGCCUGCCCGGCACGGUGAUUCUGAUGCCGUUCCAUUUAGCCAGCGGCUCGAUGAAAGGACCCCCAGUCUCCUUCCAGCAGGCCCAGGCCCAGGCGGUGCUGCAGCAGGCUCAGCUCUCCAUGAAAGGGCCCCCUGGUCCAGUGGGGCUCACCGGGCGCCCGGGCCCUGUGGGCCUUCCUGGAUAUCCAGGUCUGAAAGGUGAACUGGGAGAAGUAGGGCCACAGGGUCCCCGAGGAUUGCAGGGCCCUCCUGGGCCUCCCGGCCGGGAAGGCAAGACAGGCCGAGCUGGAGCAGAUGGAGCUCGGGGUCUCCCAGGAGACACAGGACCUAAGGGUGACCGGGGCUUUGAUGGCCUGCCAGGGCUGCCUGGUGAGAAGGGCCAGAGGGGUGAUUUUGGACGUGUAGGGCAACCUGGUCCCCCAGGAGAGGAUGGUGAAAAGGGCGUACAGGGACCUCCAGGGCCCACUGGCCAGGCUGGAGAGCCAGGUCCCCGAGGUCUGAUUGGCCCAAGAGGCCUCCCUGGCCCCCUGGGACGCCCGGGUGUGACUGGGAGUGACGGAGCACCAGGUGCCAAAGGCAACGUGGGUCCUCCUGGAGAACCAGGUCCCCCAGGGCAGCAAGGAAACCAUGGCUCCCAGGGAAUUCCAGGCCCUCAGGGUCCCAUUGGCGCUCCUGGGCAAAAGGGUCCUCCCGGAAACCCCGGAAUUCCAGGUGUCCCAGGAGCUGAGGGCCCCCCGGGUCACCCAGGCCACGAGGGUCCCACAGGAGAGAAAGGGGCCCAGGGUCCACCAGGGUCAGCAGGCCCGCAGGGCUAUCCUGGACCUCGGGGUGUGAAGGGCACUUCUGGUAACCGGGGUCUCCAAGGAGAGAAAGGAGAAAGGGGAGAGGAUGGCUUUCCUGGUUUCAAGGGUGAUGGGGGACCAAAAGGCGACCGGGGAAACCCGGGACUCCCAGGUCCCAGGGGAGAGGAUGGUCCAGAAGGACAAAAGGGGCCUGAGGGACUGCCUGGCGAUGAGGGUCCCCCAGGAGCAGCAGGGGAGAAGGGCAAGCUUGGGGUGCCAGGUGUUCCGGGUUACCCAGGACGCCCAGGACCCAAGGGAUCUGUUGGAUUUCCUGGACCCCUAGGACCACUGGGAGAGAAGGGCAAAAGGGGCAAAGCAGGACAGCCAGGGGAGGAAGGAGAGCGUGGCACACCGGGCCCCCGUGGAGACAGAGGACAGCCAGGGGCCACAGGCCAGCCUGGCCCCAAGGGUGAUGUGGGCCAGAGCGGCUCUCCUGGGGCCCCUGGAGAAAAGGGUCUCCCUGGUCUGCAAGGUCCCCCAGGAUUCCCUGGACCAAAGGGCCCCCCAGGUCCUCAGGGGAAAGACGGGGUACCUGGCCACCCUGGGCAAAGAGGAGAAUUGGGCUUCCAAGGUCAGACAGGCCCCCCUGGACCAGCUGGUGUCCUUGGUCCUCAGGGAAAGGUGGGGGAUGUGGGGCCUCUAGGCGAGAGGGGGCCCCCAGGACCCCCUGGGCCUCCUGGUGAACAAGGUCUGCCAGGCACAGAAGGCAGAGAAGGGGCCAAGGGUGAACUAGGACCCCUGGGAGCCCCUGGGAAGGAGGGGCCACCUGGGCCCAUGGGCUUCCCUGGCUCCCAAGGAGCCCCCGGAGACCCAGGACCCAUCGGUUUGAAGGGUGACAAGGGGCCCCCUGGGCCUGUUGGAGCAAAUGGCUCUCCGGGUGAGCGUGGUCCUGUGGGCCCCUCUGGUGGCAUUGGGCUUCCUGGCCAGAGUGGUGGGCAAGGCCCUAUUGGUCCUGCUGGCGAGAAGGGUUCCCCGGGAGAACGGGGUGCUCCUGGUCCCACUGGCAAAGAUGGUAUUCCAGGGCCCCCGGGGCUUCAGGGGCCCCCGGGAGCUGCGGGGCCUUCUGGGGGAAGUUGGGAUGCCUGGCCACAAGGGAAACAAGGGAGACAAAGGAGAUGCGGGACCUCCUGGACCAACAGGGAUAAGGGGUCCAGCAGGCCACCCAGGCCCUCCGGAACCCUGUCACUGAAGAAUGACCUGAUGGUCCAGGGUGCUGAUGGGGCUCAGGGUCGCCGAGGACCCCCUGGCCUCUUUGGGCAGAAGGGAGAUGAUGGAGUCCGAGGUUUUGUAGGUGUAAUUGGUCCUCCAGGCCUGCAGGGGCUGCCGGGCCCUCCGGGGGAAAAGGGAGAGGUUGGAGAUGUGGGAUCCAUGGGUCCCCAUGGAGCACCAGGCCCUCGGGGUCCCCCUGGGCCCGGUGGAUCAGAGGGCCCCCCAGGGCUGCCUGGGGGAAUAGGACAGCCUGGUGCUGUGGGCGAGAAGGGUGAGCCGGGGGAUGCUGGAGAUGCAGGACCCCCAGGAAUUCCCGGUAUCCCUGGGCCCAGAGGCGAAAUUGGUGAAAAGGGGGAUUCAGGUCCGUCAGGGGCUGCUGGACCUCCAGGCAAGAAGGGACCCCCUGGAGAGGACGGAGCUAAGGGGAACAUGGGUCCCACAGGACUCCCUGGCGACCUAGGACCCCCAGGAGACCCUGGAGUUCCGGGUUUGGAUGGCAUCCCAGGGGAGAAGGGAAAUGCUGGUGAUAUCGGGGGACCGGGGCCGCCUGGAGCUUCAGGGGAACCUGGUGCCCGUGGACUCCCUGGCAAGCGGGGCUCCCCUGGCCGCAUGGGUCCAGAAGGCAGAGAAGGGGAGAAAGGCACCAAGGGAGAUGCCGGUCCUGAUGGGCCCCCAGGCAGGACAGGCCCCACUGGGGCUCGAGGGCCCCCUGGACGGAUUGGGCCUGAUGGUCUUCCAGGAAUCCCUGGUCCUGUGGGUGAACCAGGCCACCUGGGACCUCCCGGGCUGAUAGGUCCUCCAGGACCGCUGGGUCCACCCGGCCUCCCAGGGCUGAAGGGAGACGCUGGCCUCAAGGGGGAGAAGGGCCACAUCGGGCUAAUAGGCCUCAUUGGUCCUCCUGGGGAGGCUGGCGAGAAAGGCGAUCAGGGGUUGCCAGGAGUGCAGGGCCCGCCAGGCCCCCAGGGAGACGCUGGUCUUCCUGGUCCUGUUGGCUCAUUAGGUCACCCUGGGCCCCCAGGUGUGUUGGGCCCUCUGGGACAGAAGGGCUCCAAGGGGUCCCCGGGAUCUGUUGGUCCUCGUGGAGACCCUGGACCAGCGGGUCCUCCUGGGCCCCCGGGUCCCUCUGCUGAGCCACAUGGCCUGCGAAGGCGCCGCCGAUCCGUGUUGGACACCCCAGAAGGUGGCCUGGAGGAGGUGAUGGCCUCACUCAAUUCGCUGAGCUUGGAGCUGGAGCAGUUGCAGCGACCUCCAGGCACAGCCGAGAGCCCAGGCCUCACGUGCCACGAGCUUCACCGCAACCACCCACACCUGCCAGAUGGAGAAUACUGGAUUGACCCCAAUCAGGGCUGCGCACAAGAUGCCUUCAAGGUUUUCUGCAACUUCACGGCGGGAGGUGAGACCUGUCUCCAUCCGGACAAGAAGUUUGAGAUGGUGAAACUGGCCUCCUGGUCCAAAGAAAAGCCUGGAGGCUGGUACAGUACCUUCCGCCGAGGGAAGAAGUUCUCCUAUGUGGAUGCCGAUGGCUCCCCAGUAAACGUGGUCCAGUUGACGUUCCUGAAGCUGCUGAGCGCUGCCGCCUAUCAGAGGUUCACUUACUCCUGCCAGAACUCAGUGGCCUGGCUGGAUGAAGCUACGGGAGACUACAGGCACGCCAUCCGCUUCCGAGGGACCAACUGGGAAGAGCUGUCUUCCAACCAGACAACAGCGGCUACUGUCAAGGUCUCCCACGAUGGCUGCCGGCUCCGGAAGGGACAGGCGAAGACCCUCUUUGAAUUCAGCUCUUCUCGUGCGGGUUUUCUGCCUCUGUGGGAUGUGGCUGCCAUUGACUUUGGCCAGACGAACCAGAAGUUUGGGUUUGAACUUGGCCCCAUCUGCUUCAUCAGCUGAAUUUUUGAGGUGGGAAGGAAGUCGAAGGGAGCCCCAUGAGGGGUUGCUUGGUGCUGAGGCUUUGAGGCCGUUCUAUUGAUCACCAGGGACUCUGGAUCCGGGGUUGUGCAGCUCUGUCUGUUCUUUUCCUCAGAGCUGAUGAAAGCCCCGUCACCUGCCUCUCGUCCCUCCAUCGGUGACGCCCUCUUCACCUUUUGGUGCUACCCCUUCCCAUAGUUAAGCACUGGAUACCUCCUGAUCUCUGGCUGGGACCCUUCCCCCUCAUUCCUAUUCUUUCUCCGGUACGAGGUGAAGCAAGAUCAAAGCAGGACUUCCCGCCCCUGAGAUAGCUAUGCCUUCCUUCUGCUUCCUUGACCCAGCUCUGCACAUUCUCCCCUCCCUGCUCUGCCCGACUCCUCUGUCCCCAAGCAGCCUGGGGACCAAGCUGUUGGGCACAAAUCAGGAUCCUAAAUGGUGCUGCCCUGUUCAUAACUGGGAACUGUAUGAAAAAGGGAAUGAAUGGUCUAUGGUCUAUUUAAUCCGCUUCCUGUUGAAGGAGUCUGGGAUAUGACGAGAGAUUCCGGAAGGAUCUCUACCCUCCCUCGUCCACUGUGCACCCCUCCUCCCCAGGCCACAGGGCAAAAUUGGCAUCUCAAGAAUAAACCAAGAAACUGUG